AUGGAAGCAGUCAAAGGGUACAACAAGCCAACCCAUGGCGUAUUUCGUUUCAUUCCAGACGCAUGGGUUCCCUACGCCGAACUCAUGCGUCUCGAUCGCCAGUCCGGCUUCUGGGCUUUCUAUUGGCACUACCUGAUAGGACUUGGGUUUGCCAUCAACAUCCCCCCAUUCUCCAGUGACCUUGACUUAAAAGACAUUGUGCACCUCGCCGCGCACUUGGGGCUAUGGACUACCGUCUUCCGUGGCAUCACCUGCACAUGGAACGACAAUCUAGAUCAGGACUUCGAUCGGCAGGUCGCUCGCUGCCGAGUGCGCCCCAUACCACGAGGCGCUGUCUCGACAAUGCAGGCGCAUUUCUUUACCGCAGUACAGAUUGCCGUUGGAGCCUGCAUCUUGUAUCCAUUCGGCGAGUCGACGCUGGUCCACGCCGCCGUAGAUGGCAUCCUCCUCUUCAUCUAUCCCUUCCUGAAGCGCUGCACAAACUACCCCCAAGUUGAGCUGGGAUUCGGACUGUCUUAUGCGAUAUUUUUAGUGACUGCAAUGGUCGGAAAGGAUCCGCUGGCACCUCUGUUGGACUCCUCGUUGGAUUUCUCGGCUCGCGUGUCCAAGGUUGUUGAAGCGCCGCUGGCCCAGUCAGCGGCAUGCCUAUACGUUGCUGGUAUCAUCUGGACUGUCAUUUUUGACACCAUUUACGCUCACCAGGAUUAUCUUGAUGACCUGAAAGCUGGCGUGAAAGGACUCGCCGUACGCCUCGGAAGAAAAGGAACGAAGCCAGCCUGCUACAUAGCGACUGCCGUUCAGGUCUACUUCCUCGUGUUGGCUGGCCAAUUGGCAGAUUUCGGCAUGUCAUACUACGCUAUAUCAUGCGGUGGAACGGCGCUCCUGUUGGCAAGGAUGAUCUGGGUUGUUGAUUUGGAAGAUGGCGAUAGCUGCGCUUGGGCGUUCGGGCCUGGAAGCGGCUACGUCGGCACCGCUAUCUCCGUUGGGUUUUUGGCCGACUUUCUUGCAAAGAAGUACGGAUUCUGA